CUUACAGGUAAAAUAGAUUUCAGUUUUAUCAGGAGUAAACUUCCUCAAUUCGACUAUGGAACCGAUUUACUGUGAACUUCGUUUUUCUGUUGGAUUCUAGAUGGACCAGUAUUCAUUCUUAGAGAUCGAUGACUUGCAUCACGCCAUGACAGAUUCGAUGCCUGUGACGUCGUGUUGAGAAUGAGAACAUCGAUCACCCUCGCCACCUGCCUCGCCUUUUGGACGUGGACCUCGUGUCACGCUUUUAACUGCAAGUUUCCGAAUGACAGCUGUGAGGACAACAGUGAAUGCUGCAGUGGAAAAUGUAACGAGGCCCAUUCAGGAACGAAUCCACGCUGCACCAAGCUGGGCCUCCACAAGCCGUGCCUGUACAGCUACCAGUGCCAGAGUCUCCUCCUGUGUGGCAGCAAGAACAGAUGCUGCUCCAAGUUCUGGGGGUUCUGUAACCACGACAGGGACUGCUGCGAGUCUAAACACAAGUGUCUACCCGCACGAGGAUUCUACUAUAACCGAUGUUUGGUUACAAAUAUCAUCCCCAUAAAAAACGACGCACACACUAUUUUUAACUCUCCAUAUUGGAGAGUCAUAGCGAGCAGUUUUGUCUCCCUUUUUCUGUACAAACCAAGCUGACAGAAUUGCUUGUCUCGCAAAGUAAAUACUCUACUCGUGAUUUGAUGGUAAAACUGACGUGAAAGUAGGCCUACAUCACAGAAUGUAGUCACUUUUGGCUCGUCCAUAAAUGAUGUCACACUCGGAGAGGGGAGUCCGUAAUUUUGUGACGUUGUGUAAUGAGGGGGAGGGGGGGUUCAAACGGUGUGACGUCACACUUUUGCAUUAUAAAAAAGCAAUGUUAGAAAACGAGUUUUAGCCGUUAUUUCGCGUUUUUACAAACGGUUUUAAUAAAUUGUAAUAGGAAUUGAUCAAAAUACUCUAUGUUAACAGAGCUCUGACAAGAUUUUGGAAAAAUGUCGAUGUUUUAAGAAAAAUUCA